GUAUCUAACCAAUUACUCUCCUAAUGUUUCACAUCAGAAUAGUGCUAGUUGAUGAAAGUUACUUCGGGAUCAAGAAAGGUAAAGUCAAAUUUAUUUGGGUUAUUCGCUCAAUUCCAAUCGAAUGCACUGGAUCUAGUAUAGUAUGAAUUGGCGAUCAGAACAUAUAUGGAUAGAACUUAUAACGGGGUCUCGAAAAACGAGUAAUUUUUGCUGGGCCUGUAUCCUUUUUUUAGGUUCACUAGGAUUCUUAGUGGUUGGAACUUCCAGUUAUCUUGGUAGGAAUUUGAUACCCGUAUUUACAUCUCAGCAAAUCAUUUUUUUUCCACAAGGGAUCGUGAUGUCUUUCUACGGGAUCGCGGGUCUAUUCAUUAGCUCGUAUUUGUGGUGCACAAUUUCGUGGAAUGUAGGUAGCGGUUAUGACCGAUUCGAUAGAAAAGAAGGAAUAGUGUGUAUUUUUCGCUGGGGAUUUCCUGGAAUAAAUCGUCGCAUCUUCCUUCGCUUCUUUAUGAGAGAUAUCCAAUCAAUCAGAAUAGAGGUUAAAGAGGGUCUUUAUACUCGUCGUGUCCUUUAUAUGGAAAUCAGAGGCCAAGGAGCCAUUCCCUUGACUCGUACUGAUGAGAAUUUUACUCCACGAGAAAUUGAACAAAAAGCUGCCGAAUUGGCCUAUUUCUUGCGCGUACCAAUUGAAGUAUUUUGAAACGAACUGAAGUGAAGAAUAAAAUGAAGAAUAAAUAUUUUCUCAAGAUGGGGGAAGGAACUUGCUAAUUCCUCUUUUAAUACAACUGAAGUUUCUUCAUUCUUUUAUACUAGAAAAAGGUCUAAUCUAACUAACGAAUCUAAUCUAAUAAGUAUAGAUAUAAAUUCAUCAAACCUAUCCGAACAUGUAUUUCGUAAUACAGAAUUCAUCUUUUUAGGCCCAAGAUUUGGAAUUGAUACCCUUUUCUGGUUAGACGGUGAAACAUUUCGAAAGAAUUAAUUGAUCCAGGGGGAGUUUUUUCGUCUCGAAACUCGAUUCGUUACUUCAAGUGGGUUUUCGAGUAUUCAUCGAAAGGAACAAAUGAAAAUAAAAUUGGUUCAAAUUUGCCCAAUUGAGAUAUCUGGAAUAAUAUUUAUUUCUUUUUUUCUCAUUUUCAUCCGAAAAGAACUCUUAUUCUAUGUCUAUAUUCCUUCUAAAUCAAAAAAAAAAUAAAAUUAUUACACAAUAAUAGGAAAGGAAUAGACCCAUAGGUCAAUACCUUGUUAUACAACUCGUGCUUCAAAGAAAUAUCAGAUCAGAUAGAGUCAACGAAUGAAGCAGGUUCAUUAACAAUUCAAUUCACAGAAAAAAAAAAAUGAAAAAAAAGAAAGCAUCGGCCUCCCUCCCAUAUCUCGCAUCUAUAGUAUUUUUGCCCUGGUGGGUCUCUUUCUCAUUUAAUAAAUGUCUGGAACCUUGGGUUACUAAUUGGUGGAAUACCAGGCAAUCCGAAAAUUUUUUGAAUCAUAUUCAAGAGAAAAACGUUCUGGAAAGAUUCAUAGAAUUAGAAGAACUAUUCCUAUUGGACGAAAUGAUAAAGGAGUACCCGGAAACGCAUAUACAAAAACUUCAUAUAGAAAUACACAAGGAAACAAUACAAUUAGUCAAAGCACACAAUGAAUAUGAUCUCCAUAUCAUUUUGCAUUUCUCGACAAAUAUAAUCUGUUUCGCUAUUCUAAGUGGUUAUUUUAUUCUGAGUAAUGAAGAACUCGUCAUUCUUAAUUCUUGGGUUCAGGAAUUCCUCUAUAACUUAAGUGACACAAUAAAAGCUUUUUCUAUUCUUUUAGUUACUGAUUUAUGGAUCGGAUUUCACUCGACCCAUGGUUGGGAACUAAUGAUUGGUUCGGUCUACAACGAUUUUGGAUUGGAUCAUAACGAUCAAAUUAUAUCUGGUCUUGUUUCCACUUUUCCAGUUAUUCUAGAUACAAUUGUGAAAUAUUGGAUCUUCCUUUUUUUAAAUCGUGUAUCUCCUUCGCUUGUAGUAAUUUAUCAUUCAAUGAAUGAAUAAAGAACUCAUUUGAUCUUAUUAUAUCAAUCAAAUCAGAAUCUUUCUUCGUGUAUAAAGAAAGUAUUUUCAAUUUGACUUAAUUCUUUAUACUUUUAUCUGUUCAAGGUAUUCGUCCUAUAUUCCAGUACAAUUAUUCCAGUACAAUGACAGACUCGUGUAUAGGGAACUAUACUAGCUACCUAUCUAAUUUAUUGUAGAAAUUCGGGGAUCAAUGAUUGGACAUGCAAAAUAAAAAUACUUUUUCUUGGGUAAAGGAAGAGAUGACUCGAUCCAUUUCUGUAUCGAUCAUGAUAUAUGUAAUAACUCGGGCAUCUAUUUCAAAUGCAUAUCCCAUUUUUGCGCAGCAGGGUUAUGAAAACCCGCGAGAAGCAACGGGACGAAUUGUAUGUGCCAAUUGCCAUUUAGCUAAUAAACCCGUGGAUAUUGAAGUUCCGCAAGCUGUGCUUCCUGAUACUGUAUUUGAAGCAGUUGUUCGAAUCCCUUAUGAUAAGCAACUGAAACAAGUUCUUGCUAAUGGUAAAAAGGGGACUUUGAAUGUGGGGGCUGUUCUCAUUUUACCCGACGGAUUCGAAUUAGCCCCCCUUGAUCGUAUUUCUCCUGAGUUGAAAGAAAAGAUAGGAAAUCUGUCUUUUCAGAGUUAUCGUCCCAACAAAAGAAAUAUUAUUGUGAUAGGUCCUGUUCCCGGUCAGAAAUAUAGUGAAAUCGUCUUUCCCAUUCUUUCCCCCGACCCUGCUACGAAGAAAGACGUUCACUUCUUAAAAUAUCCCAUAUACGUAGGUGGGAACAGAGGAAGGGGUCAGAUUUAUCCUGAUGGUAGCAAAAGUAACAAUACAGUCUAUAAUGCUACAUCAGCAGGUAUAGUAAGCAGAAUAGUACGUAAAGAAAAAGGGGGAUAUGAAAUAACCAUAGUUGAUGCAUCGGAUGGACAUCAAGUGGUUGAUAUUAUACCUCCAGGACCAGAACUUCUUGUUUCAGAGGGUGAAUCCAUCAAGCUUGAUCAACCAUUAACAAGCAAUCCCAAUGUGGGAGGCUUUGGUCAGGGAGAUGCAGAAAUAGUGCUUCAAGACCCAUUACGGGUCCAAGGUCUUUUGUUCUUCUUGGCAUCUGUUAUUUUGGCACAAGUUUUUUUGGUUCUUAAAAAGAAACAGUUUGAAAAGGUUCAAUUGUACGAAAUGAAUUUCUAGGUGCAGAGAUUCCUUAACAUCAAGUUGGUAAAAAGCGCCGAAUUUUUUUUGAUCCAUACAAUUAUGUAUGAUCAAAAAAUCUGUAAACCUUUUUGGUUGCUUUGUUUAUACUUUUUUUUCGUUUUGCGGGAUGUCUGGAAUUCAUUACUUGUAUCCUAUUCUUAGUAAUAGACAAUAGACAUACAAAGAAAGAGAAUACAGAGCAAGGAUGGGAAAAAUGAAAGAAAGAAAUCCUUUUAGGAGGGAUUACUAGUCUUACGAGUCUUCUAUUCGACACAAGAAAAGGGCGGAAAAUCCUUUUUCUUGUGUCGUCUUAUAUCGAAAUAAUAAUGAUUUUUUCUCCUGUUCGUCAAAGAUUACCAUUCCUUCUUUUCCGGUCCACC